CUUCUAGCUUCUACAAUCACAUUCGUGCUUGUGUCUUUUCCAUCCCAGCAUCCAGGCAGGAUCCAGAAGAUUCAAGAGCGUCCGGAGACCCGUUCCAUAAACUAAAGAUUUCAGAAUGAACACCGACCUGGUAAGGAUAAAAAGCUUUCUCCUCCUAUUGAUUGUUGUGGGAGUUGUAGCUGCGAAGCCUUCACAUUUCUCAGAUAAUCAGGUAACCCCUGAUUCUGGCGACAGGAGCGAUGUCAUGGACCCAGGACUCAUCAACGCUUGGAGAAGAUAUGAUUUCUUGAUGAGGCGGCUGGCUGCUGACUACGACAACGGAAACAUGGCUAACGACAAUCCCCUGGAUAGGCUGUUCAGAAAUCCAGAGAUGAAGAGGCAGGGCCGUAGCUACCGCCAGUGCUACUUCAACCCAAUAAGCUGUUUCAAGAAAUAAACAUAAGAACCAUGCAUCUCACAUGUGACCGAUAUCAUAUCCAUGAACGAAUGUUAAAUUGCGCACCCCCUAUAUUCCGUGGUCGUGAUAUUUUUCCAUGUUCUCAGUUUUCGUGUUCUUUUCGAAAUUUAUCAGAAAUAUAUUUAUGUAUUUGAAAUUGAUGUGAUCAAAGAUAUUCCGUGUUAGAUUUAAAUGUUUUAGGGAAAUGAGGGAUGUUAUUCUGUGACGGAGAGGGGAUAUGAAAUGUUUUUGAGAGAAGUCUUAUAUCAAGUUGUACAGAAAAUAUAUGUAUAUUCCAAAAA